CUGUGCCUCUCCGGUUGUUUACUGCUGUGCACUCGGUUCUGACGACGCCUACACUUUGAAGAUGACGAUGACGACGGAUGAUAUGGUGUUUAUCUUCUGCUCUAACGUGGUGUUCAUCCCGUGGCUCGCGCUCAUGAUCGCCCCCAAGUGGAAGUGGACAUCGCCCAUCACCAAGGCCGUCGUGCUGAUGUCGUGCGUCGUCUACACCAUAUACUUUGCGUCGCAAAUGCGCAACAGCAAGGAGGGGGUGCUGGCGAUGUACAUGGACAUGGGCACGCUCGACGGCAUCGCCAAGCUCUUCAGGGGAGACGGCAUCCUAUUGCCCGCCUGGGUGCACUACCUGGCGUUCGACCUGGUUGCGGGGCAUUACCUCGUCCAGAAGAACAUGGAAGACCCGAACGGCCUGCCCAAGCUCGCCAUGGCCCCCUGCCUCUUCCUCAACAUGAUGGCCGGACCGAUGGGGAUGCUGCUGUACGUGGUGCUGCGAGCGGCGUCGGACUGCAUCAGUGGAAAGUGCUGCUCCAAGGGACCCGAAAAGACCUCCUGAAGAACGCCGUUUCGAUGAACUUCGGUCCCACGCGAGACAACACACGGGAAAACAACGGUAGUAAUUAGUGUCGAUUGAUUCGCCGUAGCUCGGUAGCCUCUCGUGUGAAAAAGAACAAUGUCGAUUGGUUCGCCGUAUCUUUGGGGGGUCUCUCGUAUUCAAAGAGCGCUGUCGAUUGAUAAACCGUGCCUCAGUAGUCUCUGGUGUGAAGAAGAAGAACAAAUGUCGAUUGGUUCACCGUAACUUGGUAGUCACUCGUGUCGAGUAGAACAACGUCGAUUGAGUCGCUGUUCUCGCGUGUGCUCCUCCGCCUGGUCGCAGCCGAGGGCUCCUCCUGCUCCUUCGCGAAACGGUCAUGCGUAGCUCGUCCCACAUAAUACGAGUGAGACUCGCAUAUCGUACAAUAGGAGUACGCCAUAGAGAAAGGGGGAAAGGAGCGAUACAUACCGAGGCGGUGAUUUCGCUUGGGGGAUUUGCGCGCGUGACCGUUGGCGCGCACGGCGACGGUUAACAGGGGGGGGGGUGCUCUGAGAUUUAGCGACAAUAGCGGAAGUGAUCCUAGAUAUGGAAUGAACGAUCACACGUAUAAAGAGAACGGCGGUACUUUCCCGGCAUACACGGGUGACAAUGUUUCCCUGCAAAUUGGUGUGCAGGCGAAUCCGUACCCUGCCAUUUUUUCAGCAACGCCGGGGGCGGGCGAAGGGGUAGACAGUUUUUUUUUUUUGUCCUCGGAAGGGAGGAGGGCUUUUCGCGUUCAACAUUUGAAUUUGGAACCGCACACACGACUCGGUGGUGGGGGAUGGGGCGCAAAGAAUAGGUGUGUGCGGUUCGCGUACAACGUCCGGUCGUUUGUGUCUCACCUGCCGAUAGCCUGAAGUGUUCCGGGUGUAGGAAGAAAAUGCCUGCACCGUAGAACCCCCCCCCCCCCCC